GGAGUUCAUAAAGUCUACGGCCAGCCACCGUAUGAGAACACUUGAGACACUGUCAAACUGUUUUAUAUUUCUGUGGCCAUCCUGCAGAGUUUCGCAGCUUUUCUUCGAGGUGAUUUCAGCCAAAAGGCUCAACUAGCACAUAACAAGAUUUCAUCUUGAGUGGAAACUGAAAAUUGUCGAAUAAUGGCCAAUGUCAAGAGGACCCUGAGCUUCGCGGGGCGAGGCCCCACACGGAGGAGCCUGUUCGGCCCAGUUGACAGAGAGCAGCUGCAGGCAGACUACCAGGAUGCUUUGAGGAGAGACCUGGAGGACGCGUCGCGGCGAUGGAGUUUCGACUUCGUGUCCGACCAGCCACUGGCUAGCGGCCAUUUUCAGUGGGAGGGUGUUCCGGUCGCCACGGUGCCGCUGCUCUACAGAACCCGUAUGUUGGGGAAGGCGGUUGAUCAAAGGGUGACAGAGGUGACGGUCAGCCACAAGAGAUCCAGGACUGCAUCAUCAGAAUGCGAGAAGGAGAAUGUCCCUGAAAGCAAACCGGAUAAAUGUUCUUUCAAUAUGGAGAAAACGCCAAAGAAGAAAGAGAACACUGGACUCAAGAGGAAACAAACUAAUAUUACAGAUUUCUAUCAGGCCAAGAGAAGAGUGGUCGGGAUGUCGCUUAAAUCCGACAAGUGAUUUCUUUCUUUUUUUUCCCCCCCACUGGUGCAACAUUCCAGAAAGAGUGCCAAUUUUCCAACCGGACCUCACAAAAACACUAAGGAAUGCCAAGUUGGGCACAGACUGCAUGGCUGCCCCUCGGGGAGACAACAUAUGGGACCUCAGCCUCGGUGUCUUUAUAGUUAAUUUGGGUACUGUGUUGAUUAUGAACUGGGUUUUGGGAUGGGAAUGAUUUAACAUUUGUUCAAAUGGAGAUUACGGUUAAACUUUGCGUUGGUGGAUUCAUACUCAUUUGGAUCAGGUGGAUGUCCUAUGGGUUGACUGAAUUUGUCCUUCUGUGCAUUCUGUUUACUUUUGAAGUCUGUGACAUGCAGAAGCGGAGAAAAUAAGGCUGAAGAUUACUUGAAACACACACACCUUCAGGUUUCACAUCAAUCUGCCUCAAGGAAAUCAAUGAAUAACAGAGGAUGGAAGGUCCCUGGCUCAUAGCUGGAAUCCACUUUUCUCAACUUUUUUUUUUUUUUUUUUAUACUUUGUUGUUGUUCUUCAUUAUGACAGUGAAACUAUUUUUAAUGUUAAUAUUUUUUUUCUACCCCAGAUAGCACUUACAUUGUAUUAUAGGUUAUAUAUCCUGUUGCACAACUUUAAAAAAUGCUUGAACUGUCCUAAAGUAUUCUAAACACAUUUGCUUAGCUUAGAUUAGACAUGACACAAGUGCCAUCAUGUUCUUCCACCUUUAAUAUUUUUUUUGUAAGUGGCCCACCUCAAAUGUACAGUAUAUUGUUCCAGAUAUUGUAGAAUAGCACAUCUAAAAAUGAUUAUUUAACGAAAUAUCACUAAUCUAAUAGACUAGAUCUGUAAAGUAGCGUAUACUAAUUAUAAACCCAUUGCGGUAUUGCACAUGCACCUCAUGUACUGGAGCCAUCCAGUAUUAAGUGUCUUCAUGGCACCACCCUUGCUAAUCGACAAUCACAAAAGUGUUCUCAUUUACCAAGCUUGAGGCAAGUGGCGAUCCUCUCCUAUUGCUCUAUUGCGUGCAAUUCAUCACACUAAUUGUCUCUUAGAUAAUAGUAUAACUUUGAUCACUCUUAAUUAUGUCUAAUGUAGACAGUCCUGCUGCUAUGGCUCAUUUGAAUAGGUGCAGAAAAAGGUGCUCACGGAGUGACAGCAUGGAGCUCAAAUGUUGACUGCGCUUCCUAUUUAUUGAUACUUGGGCAAGGAUCCUGCUACAUACUGUUUUUGUGGAGAGCUACAAAUGAAAAUCAUUUAUUUAUUGUGUUGAAAUAAAA